GAAGACUUUAUAAUUAAUAUCAACAGGGGGCAGGCACCAAACGGUUCGCCUUCUUCUCUCUUCUUCGUUUUCCCACCGUUACGCGUAGACUUGAAGUUCAAAACCUCACACGAAAAUCAUACCAAACAGAAACCGAAUUUUCUCUCUCUCUCUCUCUCUCUCAUUUUCCUCUUUCAGGAUUUUCUCGCUGAUUUUCCCUCACACUUUCCGGCAUUCUUCGCGCAGAAAAUCUUUGUCCUUCAGGUUCAUCGUGGUAGUGUCAACAUAUAUGCUUCAUGUUCAAGCAAAAGAAACAUAGAUGCUUGAUGAGUUACUCUUAUUGUGGAUUCAUUGGAACUCGUAGCACUAGAUCAUUCACUUUUCACUUUUCAGACCAGAAUAAGAUGGUUGCAAAACCUGGCCGUUUGUGUCAAUUUGAACAGCAGAUCAUGAUUGGAGAAAAUUGAAAAAUUAUUCCAAGAAAAUAAAAGUCAUCCAAGCGUCUUGUUUCUUUCUGAAGCUUUUUAGCUGUUUGCACCAGGCCAAUCAUUCUUCUUCCUCCUUGUUAGAGGCUUGGAUUAUCUAUUCCAUGCGCUAUACACUUACUGGUUUUGGGUUUUAAUGCUCACUUACCAAGGAAAUUAGGUAUAAAGGUUUGAUGCCUUGAGAGAUUACGAGAAUGAAGAAAUGGUAUGGUGGUGUUCUGGUUGCAUCCUUGUUUAUGCUUCUCGUUCUAAGAUAUGGGAUGAUGAAAGAUCCUAUUGGGGAACGUUAUUUGAGAACUCCCUUCCCAACCAAUAACACUAACCCUCUUGAAUGGCUGCGUGCCUUUUCUCCACCUACAGUCCAAAAUCCAGAGAAUGCAUCUCAAGUGAUACCUACUGAGAUCAUCAUUUCCAGCCUCUUUGCUCAGAGGAAUAUCUCCAAUGAAGAGCGGCAAUCUCUGCUGACGUGGAAUCACUUGAAACACCUAAUGGAUCAUGCUCAAGGUCUACCCAAUGCAGUAGAGGCCAUAAAGGAAGCUGGAGGUGUGUGGAAUAAUCUCAUGGCUUCAGUUGAAGAGUCAAAGCUUGGUUAUUUAAAUGAAAGUUCACAAGGAAGGGGAAAGGAGAAACAAUGCCCUUAUUUUCUAAACAAAAUGAAUGGCACGGAACUUGAUAACAGUGACUAUAAGUUGCAGGUUCCUUGUGGCCUGACGCAAGGUUCUUCCAUUACACUUAUUGGCAUUCCAAGUGGAAUUCUUGGUAAUUUUCGGAUUGACUUGAGAGGGGAACCACUUCCAGGGGAGCCUGAUCCACCUAUUAUUCUGCAUUACAAUGUAAGGCUUCAUGGUGAUAAGAUAACGGAAGACCCUGUUAUUGUCCAGAACUCCUGGACUGCUACUCAUGAUUGGGGUGACGAGGAGCGUUGUCCCUCCCCAAAUCCUGAAAAGGAAAAGAAAGUGGAUGAGUUGGAUCAGUGUAACAAGAUAGUUGGAAAUGAUGUCCAGCUUCUCAUGGCUGGUAAGCCUUCCAAUAUCUCAAGGCGACCAUCAAUGGUGCAAUACGGAUCUAAACCCAAAAAGUACUUCCCUUUUAAGCAAGGUUAUCCAUUUGUUGCAACAAUCAGAGUGGGAUCAGAAGGAAUCCAAAUGACAGUUGAUGGGAAGCACAUAACAUCAUUUGCUUAUCGUGAAACGUUGGAGCCAUGGCUUGUUAGCGAAGUAAAAAUAUCAGGAGACUUCAAAUUGAUUUCUGUCCUAGCCAGUGGUUUACCCACGUCAGAAGAUUCAGAGCACAUAAUUGAUUUAGAAGCACUCAAAUCACCCCCUCUCUCUCCACAAAAAGCUCUGGAUCUUUUCAUUGGUGUUUUUUCUACUGCAAACAAUUUUAAGCGCAGGAUGGCUGUUCGAAGAACAUGGAUGCAGUAUCCAGCAGUACGAUCUGGGGCUGUUGCAGUGCGUUUUUUUGUUGGCCUGCAUAAAAACAAAAUAGUCAAUGAGGAACUCUGGAAUGAAGCCAAAACAUAUGGAGACAUUCAACUUAUGCCUUUUGUUGAUUACUACGGCCUCAUCACGUGGAAAACUCUAGCAAUCUGCAUCUUCGGGACAGAGGUUGUUUCUGCCAAGUACGUCAUGAAGACAGAUGAUGAUGCAUUUGUCCGUAUGGAUGAAGUGCUAGCUUCUUUACAGAGAAUCGGUGCGACUCGUGGGUUGCUUUAUGGACUCAUUAAUUCAGAUUCUCGACCUCAUAGAAAUACUGAUAGCAAGUGGUUUAUCAGCCCUGAGGAAUGGCCCGAAGAGACUUACCCACCUUGGGCGCAUGGUCCCGGUUAUGUGGUGUCCAGAGACAUAGCAAAGGCUGUAGUCAAAAUGAACAAAGAAGGCCGUUUGAAGAUGUUCAAGCUCGAGGAUGUGGCGAUGGGCAUCUGGAUUGCGGAAAUGAAGAAGGAGGGCUUAAAGGUAAGCUACGAGAAUGACGUGAGGAUCUACAACGAAGGAUGCAAGGAUGACUACGUGGUUGCCCAUUACCAGGGUCCCAGAGAGAUGCUUUGUCUCUGGCAGAAACUUCAAGAAGGAACUGGCGCUAAAUGCUGCGGCCAAAGAUAGAUAUAUGGCCAAUAUAUUAUAUUUCUCACUGUUACUGAAGCUUUUUGGCGCUUCAUGGAAGUCACCUGAGAAAAAUCUUGGUAACCAACCAACCUUAUAGUAGAGAGAUUCUGUUGACCAAGGUUGAAAGCAGGCAAAUAACAGAAGACAGAGAGAGGACCACCUUUAACACGAAGAUGAGGGAUUUUUUUGGGGGGUUAAUUUUAAAGAAUGGGGUUGGUAUCAUUGUUAAUUUGUUAUAUAGGCAGGUUAUAGCUAGUGCAUAUGGGCCACUAUAUGCUUAACUAUUAUUUUCUUCCCGAAUUUUGAAGGCUAGAGAGAUUUUUGCCUUGUGUAAAUUGUAGCAAUAGUAGGAUACCUCAAAUUUUACAUAGGGUCCACAAUAAACGUGGCUGUAUCACACAAUUCUUUAUCUAGAAAAAUUUUUAAAAUAUGUAUAUUCACUCCAUGC